AUGGUGGUGUGGCCAACGGACCUGGAUGAUGAUGAUGUUGUCGACACUUUGGACGACGAAGUCGAGGGGGACGAUGUAGCUGUGACGACGACGAGGCCAUCAAUUGUAAUAUCUGGAGUAGGCUCGGAUAAAUUGGAUACUGAUGCACAACCACCUUUAAUGGAUGCAGACGAGGAACCCGUAGAGACUGUACAUGUUUUGGAAAACUAUCAUCACACAUUUGCAAAUGGGACGGAAGAAAUCAAAUUGGUCAUGAGCAAUGGUCUCGUGAAUUAUCAGCGCCUACAUCUGAAGGAAGUUGAUGAUGAGCUGCUUCCGAUACAAGAUGGUUAUUUUACUGUACCCAUCCCGGGAUUGCCUAUAACAUUCCAAACCACGUAUUAUCAUGCAGAUGAGAACGGAUAUAAUGUUUAUAAGACUGAGCAAACUCCACGCAAUCCAGCACACGAUAUGUAUUUGGACUAUAUUAAGAAACAACAGCAGCAAUAG